CGGUGCAGCUGCGGCAGCAGUGUUCGCUGUUCUCCCGCUUGAUGGAGACUGGUGUGCUACCGCUGUUCAUAAUGGCUCCGUGUCCCGAAGAAAAACCGUGAGACCACAGAAAAAAAGUCUAGCAGAGUACCGGACUAGACCUGAAGAGGAGACGGGGAACCGACAGGACUUUCGGGAUAAAAACAAAGAAAAAAAAUAACAAAAAACAGAGCGACGUCAAAGGAAUCUUUGUUCCUACACUGGAGGAAGGAGCCGCGGCCUGAGCUGCUGCUCACGUCCGGCUGGAGCAGCGACCGUGGCCGCUGUGAUUUUUAACAGUCCCACAGACAAAGGGAGUGUGGAGGUUUCUGUGUGAGCGGAGAGUCCACUGAUGGUGCUCUAGAACCAGAGCUAAAAACCACAUUGGUGACGUCAGCAUCGACCACAGCACGGCUCAGCGUGGUGUUGUUAGCAUCAAUGACAGAUUAAGCUAAGAUGUUCCUCUUGCUAUUGCUUUAGAAAUAAUUCAGAAGGAUGAAAAACUUUGCAGUCUUAUUUUAUAAACUAAAGAAAUAUAAAUUAUUUUCUCAUAUUCAUCGCAAGUCAGCAGCGGCCGUGUGCUUAAAGAGACAAAAGAUUAACAGGUGAUGUUUACAGGUUUAUAUUGUUGACAUCUGGUAUGCUAGGUUAUGCUAAAUAAAGCUACGUUGACCUGUUCUGAGCUAAAAUGAUACUAGCUAAAAAAAAAUCUCUCCUAAAGUCGCAGUAUAAAUAGUCCAAGUUAAAAUAAUUUCAGUUUAGUGAAAACGAUCGUAGCUGUGAUUGACAAAGCAACGUUCAGCCGGACAACGCGUAACAUUGAUAAACUAAGUUAAACCUGUCAAAGCUAAGCUAAACAGAGGAUGUUGUUAAACUUUUACUGAAAUGAGAAAAUGACCUGAAAAGUAAUCCAUGCUGAAAACGUCAUUAUUCCUUUAGGUUACUGCAGUAAAAAAAACAAAAAACCAACAACAACAGAACUUUAACAAUCUCAGAGGACUGGACUGACUGUCGGGCUCAUGGUUUGACGGACAGAUACACCUUCAUCUGUUUGGACUUCUUGGGAGCUCAGUUGGACAUUCCCAGGCUCUGCAUGUUCUGGACCUGGGUGUGAGCAGUGGUCAUCAUGAGCAGCCAGGGAAGCCCUGUAAAAAGCUACGACUACCUGCUCAAGUUCCUCCUGGUGGGAGACAGUGACGUGGGUAAAGGGGAGAUCUUGGACAGUCUGCAGGACGGAUCAGCUGAGUCUCCCUAUGCCUACAGCAGCGGUAUCGACUAUAAAACCACCACCAUUCUUCUGGAUGGGAGGAGAGUGAAGCUGGAGCUCUGGGACACAUCAGGACAGGGUCGGUUCUGCACCAUCUUCCGGUCGUACUCUCGUGGAGCUCAGGGAAUCCUUCUGGUCUAUGACAUCACCAACCGCUGGUCGUUUGACGGGAUCGACAGGUGGAUCAGAGAAAUUGACGAGCAUGCCCCAGGUGUGCCUCGAAUCUUGGUGGGCAACCGUCUGCACCUGGCCUUCAAACGACAGGUUCCCACCGAGCAGGCACGGGCGUACGCCGAGAAGAACGGCAUGACCUUCUUUGAGGUGAGCCCCCUGUGCAACUUCAACGUCAUCGAGUCCUUCACCGAGCUGUCUCGCAUCGUUCUCAUGAGGCACGGCAUGGAGAAGUUCUGGAGACCAAACAGAGUCUUCAGCCUCCAGGACCUCUGCUGCCGAGCCAUCGUGUCCUGCACUCCAGUCCAUCUCAUUGACAAGCUCCCACUGCCCGUUGCCAUCAAGUCCCACCUCAAGUCCUUCUCCAUGGCCAAUGGCAUGAACGCCGUCAUGAUGCAUGGACGUUCCUACUCGGUGGCCAACCCUGCCGGUGGCUCAAAAGGCAACAGUCUGAAACGCUCCAAGUCCAUCCGUCCGCCGCAGAGUCCUCCUCAGAACUGCACUCGCAGCAAUUGUAAGAUAUCCUAAUGACUAGCUAGAGGACGUACCUGGACACCUUCUGUGUCUUUGGACAUGAAGACAAACGUGAUCUUCAACUGUUAGAACUCAGCAACGAUUCUUCCGGUCGAAUCAGCAACAUCCACAAAACAAUAACAAACUGAGAGGUGGGGUGUUAACUGGUGGUUUAGUUGGUUUUUAUCAUAUGUCAGACAAUUCACAAACUUUGGCUAAAAAUUGUUUUUUCCCCUUUUUACUAAAACUGGCCACAACAUCAACGGCUAAUGCAAAACGACCAAUAAUGUUGCUGUGGUAUCUUUCUGCUGUAGCCUGUAUCAUUGAAGAUGCUGAGUUGCCCAUCUGGUCACAGCAACUGCUAAAGUUAAACAAUGAUGUUUCAACAUUUAGCUGCAGCAAAUGCAAAAGCUACAAAGAGAAGCUACAGACGUUCGUGGAUACAGAAACUGUUGAGUUUGAAGAUGUCCUAGCAUCAGGCUACAUGUGCAGCUGAUGCUAAACACAGAUGCCAUGUUGAGUGCACUCAUUAGCUGCUGACAUUGAACAAAGUAAGAUGUCUACACAGGCAGCUAACACUAUACAAAGAUGCCACAGUGGCUACAUUAGCUGCUAACUUCGAACAUUGUUUACAUGGCGACAGUGACAGCAGCUGCUAGUGUUAGAGAUUCAACGUCACCACACUCCGUUAGGAAUAUGAAGAUGUGAUUAAGCCCAGUGACGGUAGCUGUUAAUCUCAAACACCAGUGCUAAAGCAUCAGGCUACAUUAGCUGCUAACAUCACACAGUUGAUAAAGCAUGUAGUUUUGCUAACUGAAGUUGCCUUGGGAUCAGGCCAUAUAUUUGCAGCUAAUUAUAAUGUUAACCAGCAGUUUGAUGACAGCUAGCAGCUUAUUUUAGAGAAGGAUUAAAAUGGUCUUUGUUUAGCGCCCUCUUGAGUAUGUAAAAAGUCUCAAGGAACAACAGAAAAAGCAACAAUGGCUUUUUUCAAAACAAAGGUUCAGGUGACAUCACAUGGUGUUUCUGGUAAGUGCAGUGGAAAGUGAAAAUUCUGUGAUAAGUUAGUAUUUGUAGAAUAAGUCUAGUUCUGGGAUUACAGUCAUAAUUAAGUGUUUAUCUCAAUGAUCAUGAUUUUGAUCAAUGAUUUUUUUUUUUAUUCUUAGCUUUUUCUUGUUGUCAGGAUUCAAGCAUUAAUCACGUGAAACCACGCCAACACUCUAGAAGUAGAAACAGACUUUUGCCUGAUGCCCUGAUCAUGUUUUGAAUGUUUAUGAUUCAUUUUUUUGUCUGAACUUUAUUUUUAUAUUUAAUUUAUUUAUUUGAACAAAGGGAUUGUUUGAGGAAAACAAUUGGAGACAUGGAAGAACUUUUUUUAUGUAAAACACAGUUGAUGAUGAUGAGGAGGAGGAGGAACAUGUAAAUGAACGUCAGUAAAACACUACUUUUGAUGGCAAAAGCUGUGUGUGCGUGCAUGUGUGUGCUCAAACACCAGGCAUGUUUUUUUUCUAAUUAAUGACUGUACAGUUUCACUUGGAGGAGCUAACGUGACUUUUUCCACAAUAAAAAUAUUGAAUGAAA